UCCAAACAAUAACACACCAUGACGCCUCUUUCUUUCAUUCCAGCCACAAUAGCCAUAGCUAUCUUCCUCUUCUCCCUCCUUGGCCGCCUCAGCCGGCCUGCCCGCACGCUCCCGCCUGGCCCGAGGCCAUGGCCCCUCGUCGGGAACCUUCCCCAUCUUGGCCCCAUGCCUCACCGCUCCAUGGCUGCCCUAGCCCGGGCCUACGGGCCACUCAUACACCUGGGGCUUGGGCUUGUCGACGUGGUGGUGGCCGCGUCGGGCUCUGUGGCGGCCCAGUUCUUGAGGGCCCACGACGCCAACUUCUUGAGCCGGCCGCCCCACUCGGCAGGGAAGUACCUCGGGUACAACUCCCAGGACAUGGUGUCCGUGCCAUACGGCCCGAGGUGGCGGAUGAUGAGGAAGAUAAGCUCCGUCCACCUCUUCUCCAGCAAGGCUCUUGACGAUUAUGGACAUGUACGCCAGGAAGAGGUAGGGAUACUCGCACGCGCGCUGGCACAUGCGGGCUCGGACCCGGCGAACCUAGCCCGACUGCUCAAUGUGUGCACGGCGAAUUCUGUGGGGCGGGUCAUGCUGGGGAGGAGGGUGUUCGGGGACGGAAAGGGCGGGGACGACCCGAGGGCGGACGAGUUCAAGUCGAUGGUGGUGGAGAUGCUGGCGCUGGGCGGCGUGUUCAACAUCAGUGACUUUGUGCCGGCCCUCGAGUGGCUCGACCUCCAAGGGGUCGCGGCCAAGAUGAAGGCGCUGCACCGGCGCGUCGACGCCUUCUUGAUGGCCAUCGUGGAGGAGCACAAGGCCGAGAUGGGCAAGAGCGGGAUUAAGCAAAAUGACUUGUUGAGUACUUUGAUCUCUUUGCAGGAUGUUGCUGAUGAGGAAGGACGGAAUCUCACAGAUACCGAAAUCAAAGCAUUGCUUCAAAACAUGUUCGUGGCGGGCACCGACACUUCCUCUAGCACCACGGAAUGGGCCGUCGCCGAGCUGAUCCGGCAACCCGGAACGCUGGCCCGAGUCCAGGAGGAGAUUGACUCCGUGGUGGGACGAGGCCGCCUCGUGACCGAGAUCGACCUGCCCCGCCUGACGUACCUCCAAGCCGUGGUCAAGGAAACCUUCCGGCUCCACCCGUCCACCCCUCUAGCCAUCCCGCGCAUUGCGGCCGAGAGCUGCGAGAUCGACGGCUACCACAUCCCCAAAGGCGCCACGUUGAUAGUCAACGUGUGGGCCAUAGCCCGCGACCCUGACGCCUGGGCUGAGCCCUCGGCAUUCCGGCCGGAGAGGUUCCUUCCGGGCGGCGAGAAGCCCGAUGUCGACGUCAGGGGAAACGAUUUCGAGGUCAUCCCGUUCGGGGCAGGGCGCAGGAUGUGCGUGGGAAUGAGCUUGGGCUUGAGGAUGGUACAGCUCAUGCCGGCGAUGUUGGCCCACGCUUUCGACUGGGAGUUGGCCGACGGGGUCUCGCCGGAGAAGCUCAACAUGGACGAAGUUUACGGGCUCACCUUACAGCGAGCCGAGCCUCUGUUGGUCCACCCGAAACCGAGACUCGCCUCGCAUGUCUACUACUACUAG